UGUCCCAAGAAGUAAUUAUACCAACCAUUCCUGUUUUCCAUUUCUUCAUCAUCCAGCAACCCAAUGAGUUCAUAGCUGUGGCCUCAAUCAGUUUUAAAAUAUCCAUUUUGUCUUCCAAGAAUUGCUAUAAAAUUCUCUUUUUCCCCAUAUUUUAAUGAUAAAAGAAAACUGGACCUACAUGAACCUUCAAGUACUUCUUUCAAACAAAGCAAAAGCUGAGAAAAAGCAAAUCUUUCUGACAAUUUACACAUGCAACUCUUAUUAUUCCUCAGACACAGCUUAAAAUUUUGGCAUCUAAAGUAAAGCCAAACAGCAGCCUUUUCAUCAAAUCCUUAUUAGAUUCGAACUCUCAGUUCUUGUAAUAUUUGUCUGUUUGCUUGUGUCUGAUUUAAGAGUUUUUGCUAGAACUGUAAGUCAUGUCUUCUGUGAUGGUGACAACUUAUCAGAUGGGGAGUCUUAGUACACUGGAGCUUAUGUUGGAGGAACUUCAACAAGAAGAGGAAGAAACAAAUAACCUGCCACCACCUUUGCCUGUUAGGCCUGUCAUUAAGGCUAGGUUGCCUAAGGGAAGAAGGAGAUUGACACCUUGUGGUAAUGAAAAGAGGAAUCUUGAAGGCAUUGGGGUUCAAGAAGAUGCAUUAUCACAGGUUGAAUGGAAAGAGGCAUUUGUUGAUCAAUGGAGUACUUCAGUAGAGAGGGAUUCUGCAGCCAUGUCUGAUAAGAUUUGUUUGAUGGUUGAUUUGAGAGAAUCAGAUGGACUCAACAGAGUACUGCAAAUUCAGAGAUGCUUUCGCGGCUACCAAGCCCGCCGGUACUAUCAUGAGCUUAAAACUGGAGCAGUAGCUCUACAAUCAUUUGUGCGUGGUGAAAUUGAAAGAAAGUAUUAUCAAGGUCUCACGAGGCGAUUAAAAGCAAUUGUCGUUAUACAGAAACACAUAAAGGAACAUCGUUGUAAAAGAAUAGAACGACAGCUUACUGCAGCCAUACGUCUGCAAUCAGUUAUUAGAGGUUGGUUGACUCGAAAGCAGUUCAAUCUCUUGGGUAAAGGAAAACCAACUUGUGAUCAGAACAUUAGAGAAAAGAAUGACCUUGCCAAUAAGGAACAAGAAACUAAGGUACCGCGCUCAGUUCUGCUUGAUCUUCAAAGGCAUAUUCUGAAGACAGAGGCAGCUCUGGAGAGAAAGAAAGAAGAAAAUGCAGCUUUGAGGCUGCAUAUUCAGCAUUAUGAGAAAAAGUGGAAUCAGUAUGAGUCAAAGAUGAAAGCUAUGGAGAAGACGUGGCAAGAUCAGUUAACGUCUAUACAGAUAAGUCUGGCUGCAGAAAGGGGAAAACACGGCGAUGAAAAAACUAAGGGAGAACUCAGACUACUAAUACUUCAAGAUCAAGAUGAUUAUGGGCAUGACGGAUUCCCAAGAAGUACGUCCCUUAGAAGGAAUGCGCUGAAUCUCCCCGAUGAGGUACAUGAUACACAACCACAACCAAUUAGUGGCAGAUCAAAUACCAAGAACCAGUGCAAUAACCACCAUGUGAUGGACAUGGUCAAUCACUAUCAAAAUUUUGUCGUCAACGAUCAAUGUAAAUCAGGGGAGGAAGCUUCCACCCUCAGGCCUAACUAUGAGCUCCAGAAGCUGAAGCUUAGAUUUGAAGCAUGGAAGAAGGAUUACAAGAAUAAAUUGCGGGAGGCAAAAGCAACGAUGAAGCAACUAGGACACUCUGAGAGGGGGAAGGGUUCAAAGAUAUGGUGUGGAAGAUGAAAAAGUCAGUUUCUUCUCAUCUAUGUUGCUCGGAUUCUUCAAAGGGGUCAGAUGACCCGACACUGGUGCAACUACAUAUUUGGAGAGUCCGAGCAACAUAACUUCUCAUUAUCAUCUCCCCCCUCAUUAGUUCUUCAUGUUUAUUAUUUUUCCUAUGAGUUAAAGGCGGGCAACAGAAGAUAUAUCUUGCUUUCUUUACACAAUAUGGAGAUGGAGAUACAUGUACAGAACAAGCAUAUAAAUUGAUUUCACAGAUCCAUACGAAAACUCCUCGUGCAAUGAGUUCAUAGUACAAAAUUCACAUAUUGACUUGUCAUAUAU